AUGCGCUCCAUCCUUCACCUGGAUACUCAAAUAGAGGCCCUCCGAGCGGAUGAUAGUUCGUGGCAGACCAGAUACUGGAAACACAGCAUGGCAGCCGCUUCCGUGGAUAAGCUACGCCUCGAGUUGCUUCUGUCGCGAACGACACUCACGUUCCUUUUUUCCUUUCCUCCACUCCUCGUAGCUACACGCGUGAUAUCGCUGGAGCAAUGGAACGCCAAACUAGCCGAGCCGCGCACGGAUACUGAAGAGCAGCUCGGAUUCCUUCAACAUUACUCCGGACUACUCCGAACGAUUGGCGAGAGCAUUGCGGAAGACCAGUUUCAAGAUCAGCAGAUCGAGGACGAGGACAACCGAUUCUUCGAAAACCUGAUAAUACGCAAGCUCGACAACAUCACGCACAUACUACGAGGAUCCCAACUGGAGCAUAGCGCGACGCAGACCGAGUCUGCGGAGGACCAUCGCGGCGCGGAGGCUGCGGAGACGCAGGAUUCGGGCGCGCGGCGGCAGGAAAGCGAAGAGGGACGGGAACAACGCGCUAUCGACGACAACGCAGAAUUCAUGGAAGAACUGCAAGAGGAAAUCCGUCCCGACGACGUUUUUGUCGUUGUAGACGAGGUCGUGGGAGCCGAGGUUACCGAGGAGAACGCUUAUCACGAGGAGGCGCUGGCACCAAAAGAUACGAGCGAGACAAGACGUCUCAACGAGGAGAUAUUACGUGUUCUCACCGAAAAAAGGGACCUGGAGCGACGGAUUCACGAGAUGGCGAACGAGAAGACUUGCCCUCGCCGCAGAUUUGAAACAGGGCAGAUCAGGAACGAAAACGAAACGACGAUGCCGUGCGUCUUUUGUGGACUAAUCGGCGUGCAUUACUCGGACGCUUGUGAUGUCUACCCCGACACCCGCCGGAGAUGGCGCAUAAUACGCGAAGCCGCACGUUGCAGGGUGUGUCUCAAAAAACGCUACACGGGAGGACAUAGGUGCGACAAAAGGACAACGAAGUGCCGGUACUGCGCCGAUUACGGACAUCACCCUUCGCUGUGCUUUCGGCCUCAGAGAAGCGAAGAAACCCGACAACAGCUAGAGGAGUUGAAGCGUCGGCUGCGGCAGAGCGUGCAGCGAUUAAAACUCUUAAGAAGACAGUUACACCUUCUGCAAGAUGUAGAAUAA